AUGUCCAGGUCAGAACAGGGAAAGAAUGCUGAGCCCAGUGGCCCCGAAGUGAGCUUGGAGCUGAGGCCAACAGCCCCGGGCAACCAAGGACGCAGCAAUGCAGCCUUCCAGGAUGAAGACUUUGAAGAGCAGAACACACCAGGAAACAGCGCAGUCAGGAGCAGAUCCGUACAGAGCAGGGAACAAGGAGAUGCCAAGCAGGGUGACAGGCAGAUCACGAUUGAGCAGGAGUCUCUAGGAAACAAAGAAGACAUGGAGGAUGAUGACCAAGAUGAACGUCAAAAAGGACCCAGGCUGGAAGCCCAGUACCCCUGGUGUGUUUUCCUGGCUCUGGUGAUUGCAGCCUGUGUACUAAACUUCCACAGAGCCCUGCCUCUUUUUGUUAUCACCGUGGUUACCAUCUUCUUUGUUAUCUGGGAUCACUUGAUAGCCAAAUAUGAGCAGCAAAUUGAUGAGUUCCUGUCUCCAGGCAGAAGGCUUCUCGACAGGCAUUGGUUCUGGCUGAAAUGGGUGAUGUGGAGCUCAUUAAUCCUGGCCGUCAUUUUCUGGUUGAUCCUUGACACUGCCAAAUUGGGCAAUCAGCAGCUGGUGUCCUUUGGCGGUCUCGUGAUGUACAUUAUCCUGUUAUUUCUCUUUUCCAAACAUCCAACCAGAGUUUACUGGAGGCCUGUCUUUUGGGGAAUCGGAUUACAGUUUCUUCUUGGGCUCUUAAUUCUUAGAACUAAGCCUGGAUUUAUUGCUUUUGAUUGGCUGGGGAAACAAGUUCAGACUUUUCUGGGGUACACUGAUGCCGGAGCUAUGUUUGUCUUCGGGGAGAAGUAUACAGAUCACUUCUUCGCAUUUAAGGUCCUGCCCAUCGUGGUCUUCUUCAGCACUGUGAUGUCCGUGCUCUACUACGUGGGAUUAAUGCAGUGGGUCGUCAGAAAGGUUGGGUGGUUGAUGCUUGUCACUAUGGGGUCAUCCCCCAUUGAGUCUGUCGUUGCUGCCGGCAACAUAUUUGUUGGGCAAACAGAGUCUCCACUGCUGGUCCAACCGUAUUUACCACAUGUCACCAGGUCAGAACUCCACGCCAUUAUGACAGCUGGCUUCGCUACGAUCGCUGGAAGCGUAUUGGGUGCCUACAUCUCUUUCGGGGUGUCCUCCACACACCUGCUAACCGCCUCAGUCAUGUCUGCACCUGCGUCCCUGGCUGUAGCCAAACUCUUCUGGCCAGAAACAGAGAAACCCAAAGUGACCCUCAAGAAUGCCAUGAAAAUUGAAAAUGGCGAUUCAAGAAAUUUCCUGGAGGCGGCAACACAGGGUGCAUCCUCGUCCAUCCCCCUGGUGGCAAACAUCGCAGUGAAUCUGAUUGCCUUCCUGGCCUUGCUGUCUUUUGUGAACUCAGCCCUAUCCUGGUUUGGAAACAUGUUCGACUACCCACAGUUGAGUUUUGAGCUCCUCUGUUCCUACAUCUUCAUGCCCUUUUCCUUCAUGAUGGGAGUCGACUGGCAAGACAGCUUUAUGGUUGCCAAGCUCAUAGGUUACAAGACAUUCUUCAAUGAAUUUGUGGCUUAUGACCACCUCUCAAAGUUGAUCAGUUUGAGAAAAGCAGCCGGACCCAAAUUUGUGAAUGGCGUACAGCAAUAUAUGUCGAUUCGUUCUGAGACCAUUGCGACUUACGCCCUCUGUGGUUUUGCCAAUUUUGGUUCUCUGGGAAUAGUGAUCGGCGGACUUACAUCCAUAGCUCCGAGCAGAAAGCGUGACAUUGCCUCUGGAGCAGUGAGAGCCCUGAUCGCAGGGACCGCUGCCUGCUUUAUGACAGCCUGCAUCGCAGGCAUACUCUCUAGCACCCCCUCAGAUAUCGACUGCCAUCACAUUCUGGGGAACACCAACUUACUCAGCAACACAACCCAAGUGCUGUCUUGUUGCCAAAGUCUGUUGAGCAGCACCGUCAUCAAGGGACCAGAUGAAGUCAUUCCAGGAGGAAACUUCAGCCUCUACGCUGUGAAGAGCUGCUGCGAGCUGCUGAAGCCAUCGACUCUGAACUGCAGCUGGGUCCCUCCUGCUACCCCAUGAGCUCAGCCCUGC